AUGGCUGAGACUCAUUUGAUGUGGCUGGCUGGUGAAGAGGUCACCGGAAAUGCGAAGCCAAUCCCUAUUGAGGAUCCUGCGACUGGGGAAACAUUUGCCCUGUGUAAUGCAGCAUCUUCAGAUGAUGUCAAGAAAGCAGUAGAAGCUGGCCAUGAAGCUUUCAAAUCAGGCAUCUGGUCUCGGGCGACUCGCCAUGAUCGCGCCGAUGUGCUUGAGAAAUCCGCGACCCUUCUCAAAGAAGCACUGUCACGUUUUAUACAUCUGGAAACGAGACAGACUGGUCGCGCUAUUCGCGAAAUGAACGCUCAGGUUCCAUCGCUAGUGAAAUGGUUCAAAUACUAUGCUUCAAUCUUACGCGUCGAGGAACGUUCCGUUCUCCCAACCACGGGCAAACUACACAACUUUGUCGACCGCCGACCAUUGGGCGUUGUGGUCCAGAUCACUCCAUUUAACCAUCCUUUGCUCAUCGCAGUAAAGAAGCUGGCCCCAGCCCUUGCCGCCGGCAAUAGUGUCAUUAUUAAACCCAGUGAAAUGACACCGUUGAGCACCCUUCUUCUGGCGAAGAUUCUCCAUGAAGCUGGACUCCCGGCUGGAGUUCUCAGUGUACUGCCUGGGCUUGGAGCCAUCACUGGAAAGGCUCUAGUCUCCCAUCCUCUGUACACAGCAGAGCUCGGCGGGAAGGCACCACUCGUCGUCUUCGAAAAGGCCAAUAUAGAUGCAGCAGUUAAUGGGAUCGCUUUUGGAAGCUAUAUCGCAAGUGGACAAACCUGCGUCGCCAGCACGAGAAUCAUUGUGCAGAACUCCAUCAUGUUUGAAGUCAUCGAGAAGUUGAAGGCAAAGGUUCAGGGCAUAACGAGUCGAAUGGGAUCUCCAAAAAACCCGGAGUCCAUGAUGGGAUCUAUUAUCUCCGAGCGACAACUGAAGAAUGUGGAAAACUUGGUCAACGAGGCACUGGAGACUGGGCAUGCGGUCACCCUCACCGGCGCGAAACGAAUGACCGGCAUGAGUCCACUGGAUGGAUUUGACUUUUCCAAAGGAUCAUUUUAUGAGCCCACUGUGCUCCUCUCACAAGACAAAAGUAUUCUAAAUGCCUCGAUUUGGCACGAGGAGGCAUUUGGACCUGUGAUCGUUGUAAUUGGUUUUGAUAACGAAGAAGAAGCCAUAGGGCUAGCCAAUGACUCCGAAUUUGGGCUUGGGGCCGGGAUCUGGACGCAAGACCUUUCACAAGCUUUCCGAGUCUCUGAGCGGAUUGAUGCCGGAAUUGUGUGGGUGAACACACACCACCGAAAUGACCCGAGUAGCCCCUGGGGUGGAGCCAAAUCCUCCAGCGGCGUGGGAAGUGAGAAUGGAAUGGAUGCAUACAAUGCCUAUACGACUACCAAAAGCACGAUUAUCAACUUCGCAACUGCGGAGGAGGCCUUGGAGAAGGAGGACUGGUUUGGAGAUGAUUCGAAGAACGUCAGAUAUGGUUGA